AUGAACCCCUCUGUUGUGGCUGCCCACAAGAGGAUUGGACUUCUCCAAAAGUUCAACAAAUGGCAAGGGAAAGCCAUUGAGAAGAUGCAAAAGUCCAUGGACAAGAUGGUGAGCAAGAUCAAAAGUUUGGAGAAGAAGGUUUCUGGUUCUUCAAGCAAGAAGAAGAAGUCCAAGGCCCCCACAUUCCUAGGAGUAGAUCUCCUCACCACUCCAAGGAGGCUCCCUGCCCAAGAGCCUCACAGAGCCUCUUCUUUCGAGCCAAGGGAAGGAGAAGACAACACGCAGAGAAGGAGGAAGACUUCCAAGGCCAGACGCUCCAGCUCGACCACCGGACUCGAUCGAGUCCAAACAGAGGAAACUCAACUCGAUCGAGCUGAGGGUCGAGUUGACCUGGAGGAGCCCCAGUUUGAGGAUCCGGGAUUUGAUACGAUCCCAGCCUUACCAGGACUCCCCGGAGUAGAUGGAACCCCUAUGGACAGUACGAGCUAG